AUGGUGCUCGGCCUACAAGGAAAGGUAUAUCGCAACGACUGGUCUGCACAUUUCCAGAUAUCGAUGAGUGUGAGAGCAACCCUUGUCUUAAUGGUGGCACCUGCGAGGAUCGGGUCAACAGUUUCACUUGUGACUGUCCAUCAGGAGAUCAACGAAUGCGAAGAUGAACCUUGCUGUAAUGGAACCUGUGUCGAUCUCGUCGGCAACUUUAGCUGCUAUUGUUUCGAUGGAUUUACAGGACCACUUUGUGAACGGGAAACUGACGACUGUGAAGACGAUCCCUGCCGUUUUGGUAGCUGCGUCGACCUGGUGGGAGACUUUAGUUGUUUAUGUUUGGAUGGAUAUACAGGACCAUUGUGCGGGCAGGAUAUCAACGAAUGCGAAGAUGAACCAUGCUGUAAUGGAACCUGUAUUGAUCUGAUCGGCACGUUCAGCUGCGAUUGUUUCGAUGGAUUUACAGGACUACUUUGCGAAUUCGAUAUCGACGAAUGCAAAGAUAAACCUUGCUACAAUGGAACAUGUAUAGAUCAGGUCGGCAACUUUAGCUGUGACUGUUUCAAUGGAUUUGCAGGACCGCUUUGCUAUUGGGAUAUCGACGAAUGCGAAAAUAAACCUUGCUCUAACGGUACCUGUAUUGAUCUGGUCGGCAACUUUAGUUGUGAUUGUUUUGAUGGAUUUACAGGACUACUUUGCGAAUGGGACAUCGACGACUGCAAAGAUGAACCUUGCUCUAACGGUACGUGUAUUGAUCUGAUCGGCACGUUUAGCUGCGAUUGUUUCGAUAGAUUUACAGGACCGGUUUGCGAAUUUGAAAUCGACGAAUGCGAAGAUGGACCUUGCUCUAACGGUACCUGUAUUGAUCUGAUCGGCAACUUUAGUUGUGAUUGUUUUGAUGGAUUUACAGGACUACUUUGCGAAUAUGAGUGA